AGUUGGACCUUGACUUUAGCUCACUCCGAGUCACAAAACCUUGUGACUCGCACAAAACCGGGCCUUGCACAGAUUCGGCAACAGGAUUUGUCAUUGCCGAUCGUGCUUCCUGCUAGAUAGCGUGUUUCAAGCUUGAAUAUUCUAAUUUCUUCACGCCGCCAUGGCUGCUCUCCAGUGUGCCAAGGUGUUGGGUCUGACACCCGUCAAAUCAGUUCCCACAGUCGCCACGAAGGAACGGGCUGUUCCGUCGUUUAAUGGACUCAAGGCCUCUAAAUCGCAGAAGUCCGCUGCAAAGCAGAAGCUCAAGGGGACCGCCAGGGCUACGCCCGCACCCGCAUCUCGUCCCUCCACCACCGUUCGUGCCGCUAUCGCCGAGGACAUCACAACGGACUUCGAGGUGGCGGACAUGACCAUGCCGCAGGGCGGCAGCUGGUCCGUGCACAAGUUCGGCGGCACGUGCGUGGGGUCGGCCGAGCGAAUCCUCAACGUCGCACGCAUCGUCGCCAGCGACCCCGCGGAGCGUCGCUUCGUCGUCGUGUCCGCCAUGGGCGGCAGCCCCAAGGUCACCAAUAUUCUGUACUCGUUACUGGACAAGGCGGCCGCAAAGGAUAAUAGCGGUUGGGGGGAGCUUAUAUCGCAGCUGAAGGAGAAGCACCGCGCGGCGGCGGCGGAGCUGCUGGGGGAGGAGGACGAGGAGGCGCAGAAGAUCAUGGAGCGCAUAGACGAAGAUUUGGUGAACCUUAAAGCCAUGCUCAAGGCUAUUUCCAUUGCCGGCAGCUCCACGGAGAUCUUCACGGACUUCAUCGUGGGCCACGGCGAGCUGUGGUCCGCCAUGAUCCUCGCCGCCACGCUGCAGAAGGUCACGGGCAAGAAGGUGGCCUUCAUGGAUGCUCGCGACGUGCUCGUGGUGCACCCAGCAGAGGGCGGCAACCAGGUGGAUCCUAACUACGAGAGAUGCGAGGAGAAUCUGCACGCCUGGUACGCUGCUCGGGGCGACGACGGGCACUACGAGGGCGGCGGGCCUGACCUGGUGGUGGCGACGGGGUUCAUCGCGCGCACGGAGGAUGGCGUGCCCACCACGCUCAAGAGGGACGGCAGUGACCUGUCGGCUGCCAUCUUCGGCUCGCUGCUGCGCGCCGGGCGGGUGAUCAUCUGGACGGACGUGGACGGGGUCUACUCUGCGGACCCCAGGAAAGUUCCUGAUGCCGUCAUUCUCAAGAAUCUCUCCUACCAAGAGGCAUGGGAGCUGUCAUAUUUCGGAGCCAACGUGCUCCACCCGCGCACCACCCUGCCUGUGAUGAAGUACGCCAUCCCCAUGUUCAUCCGCAACGCCUUCAACCCCACGGCGCCCGGCACGCGCAUUGGGCGCUCGCACGACGCAUUCUCGGACGAGGAGCACGAGGCGGCGCACAACGAGCUGCUGGAGGAGGGCUCGGAUCCUCUUGACGCUGUGGUGAAGGGCUUUGCCACCAUCGACAACGUGGCGCUGGUUAACGUUGCUGGAACGGGCAUGGCAGGGGUGCCAGGUAUUGCCAGCCAGAUCUUCAGCGCGGUCAAGAACGUGGGCGCCAACGUCAUCGCCAUCUCCCAGGCCUCUUCUGAGCACUCGGUCUGCUUCGCCGUCCCCGAGUCCGAAGCCGACAUGGUCGCUGUGGCCCUGCGCUCCACCUUCCGCCGCGCAAUCGAAUCGAACCGCGUCCACGACAUCGAGGUCAUCCCCCACUGCACGGUCCUGGCAGCUGUGGGCCAGCGCAUGGCUAGCACCCCUGGGGUCUCUGCUGCUCUCUUCGCGGCGCUGGCGAAAGCGCGGGUGAACGUGCGGGCGAUUGCGCAGGGGUGCUCGGAGUAUAAUAUCACAGUGGUGGUGGAUCGGAGCGAUGCUGCGGCGGCGCUGCGGGCGGCGCACGGGCGGUUCUACCACUCGCAGACGCCGCUGGCUGUGGCGCUGAUUGGGCCGGGGCUGAUUGGCGGCACGCUGCUGGACCAGAUCAGGGACCAACGGACGAGCCUGAAGAAGGAGUUCAACAUUGACAUGCGCGUGGUGGGCAUCAUUGGGGCCAACAGGAUGCUCAUUGACAACAGGGGCGUGGACCUAAGCAACUGGCGGGAGGAGCUGGACACGAGGGGCCAGGCAGCAGACAUGGUGGCGUUUGAGGCGUCCCUCAUGGACGGCCACCACGGGCUGCCCAACACGGUGGUGGUGGACUGCACUGCCAGCAGCGAGGUGGCGGACAAGUACCCCACGUGGCUGGCUGAAGGCCUGCAUGUGGUCACUCCCAACAAGAAGGCCAACUCUGGCCCGUUGAAGGAGUACCUCAAGAUCCGCCAACUGCAGCGCGAGCUGUGCACGCACUAUCUGUACGAAGCCACUGUCGGAGCAGGGCUGCCCAUAGUGGCGACGCUCAAGGGGCUGCUGGACACAGGCGACCACAUGCACCGGAUUGAGGGUAUUUUCAGCGGCACUCUGAGCUACAUCUUCAACAACUUCGACGGCAGCAAGCCCUUCUCCCAGAUCGUGGCGGAGGCGAGGGCGAACGGGUUCACAGAGCCCGACCCCCGUGAUGACCUGGAGGGCAUGGACGUGGCGCGGAAGGUGGUCAUCUUGGGUCGUGAGUGCGGUCUCCGGCUCGAGCUCGACCAAGUGCCUGUGCAAAGCCUUGUCCCCGAGGAUCUUCAGCACGUGGCGAGCGUGGACGAGUUCAUGCAGCGGCUGCCGGAGUUUGACCACGAGAUGGAGGCCAAGAGAAAGGCGGCCGAGGAGAAGGGCGAGGUCCUUCGAUAUGUGGGAGUGGUGGACAUGGACAAGAGGGAGGGCCGGGUGGAGCUGCGCCAGUACCCCCGCACCCAUGCCUUCACACAGCUCGUGGGGUCGGACAACAUCAUCUCCUUCGUCACCUACCGCUACAACGUGCAGCCCCUCAUUGUGCGCGGGCCCGGUGCGGGCGCUGAGGUCACUGCGGGCGGCGUGUUCAGCGACCUGCUGCGCCUCGCUGCCUUCCUUGGCGCCCCCUCUUAAUUCGUCCGACUCUUGGAGUUAUCUGAAAUAAAUUCUGCAACCUGCAAUCUCGUUAUUGCCCAGUGCUCCAGUGCUGGUGCUGGCGCCGAGGUGGUCACUAGGGGAGGGGUGCUCUGUUCAGUGACCAUCUCCUGCCUGCGCCCCUGCACUCCUCGGUGCUCUCUUAUUGCUUGUUAUACUGCUUUCUAUAAUAUCUUUGGCUCUCCGCCCUUAAUAGUAUUGGGCUGAGAAAAACCCUUAGGAUCUCUUAGAGACUAAGAGCGUGUUCCUACCAGCCUCUUCCCAGGCAACCUCUUCCCAAACUAGCACAUCUCGCCUGAAUCCCGCCGAAGCCAAGCCCAACCUCUUCCCAGACAAAGUUGUCGGCUUGGGAUGCACGCGACACAGUACAAAGGGUGAC